AUGUCUGGUGCUCCUUUCAAAGCAACAGUUAAUGAAUAUUUGGAGGACCUACCGCCCCAAGUUCAAUCUCGACUGUACACAUCUCCUGCAACAUGUCUGGCCAUCUACAGACUGCUGCCAAAAUUGGCCAAAUUCUUUAUAAUGUCGAUGGUCUUCAACGAAAGUGACGUGUCGCUGCGCGAUUUGGAUCGAUGGGUGCAAAGCACUGCUAAGUUUCAGUUCAACGAAGCUAUCAAGUCCAUGAAGUCUCUUCAUUUGUUGAUCGAAGGACAUUCUGGACAACCAUUCAUGAUCAACCUUAAUUCCAUAUUCAGAUCUAGUUUCCGCAAUGCACUGACGGGUGGAGAAGUCAACAAUUCCUUUGGGAAUGUGGUGGAUGACGAACACGAGGUGGUGCUGCCAGAAAUGCUCGAUCAGUACGCUGCUAACAAGUGGGAAUCGAUUUUGCAUUACAUGGUGGGAACACCGCUUACUCAAACGCCAUCUAGAAAUGUGCUUUCUCUUCUCCAGCACAGCAAGCUUAUGGAGGAGAACGGCACAGGAGAAUUGCAAAUCACAAAUGAAGGCUUCCAGUUUCUGCUUCAAGACGCCAAUGCUCAGAUCUGGACUUUACUCCUGCAAUACCUUCGGCUGGCAGAAACCUUGCAAAUGGAUCCCGUGGAUGUUUUGAAUUUCAUUUUCAUGCUGGGAGCACUCGAACUCGGAAAGGCCUACAAUGAUUCUCACCUGAGUGACACUCAGAAGGUCAUGUUGCAGGACAUGCGAGACUACGGGCUGGUUUUCCAAAAGGCCUCUAAUAGUACUAAAUUUUAUCCAACAAGACUGGCGGCAAUGCUCACAUCAGACAGCAUGAGCAUACGGUCCGCAUCCAGUGCCAUGAAUAGCGUCUUAACUCAAGGUACAGCGAGCAACACAAAGACAGAUGAACCGCCGGCUGCAAAAGAUGAUGCAGAUCAAGAUCCGGGCCAGGUUGGAACGACGGCCCAAAUCAUACCCGAUGGGGCUGUCAUUCUGGAGACAAAUUUCAAAAUAUACUCAUACUCGAACUCGCCUUUACAAAUCGCUAUUUUGAGUUUAUUUGUCCACCUCAAGGCAAGAUUUACGAACAUGGUGACCGGGCAGAUUACCAGAGAUUCGGUCAGAAGAGCGCUGCUCAACGGUAUUACGGCAGAUCAGAUUAUAGCGUACAUGGAAACACAUGCGCACCCCCAAAUGAGAAGACUUGCGGAACAGACCCUCGACAAGAAGAUAGAGCUAGAUCCCAAUUGCAAGGAAGGUCUGCAAAUACUCCCGCCAACUGUGGUCGACCAAAUCAAGUUGUGGCAACUUGAGCUCGACCGCAUUCUCAGUUACGAUGGUUACCUUUUCACAGAUUUUGACAAUAGUCAGGAGUACAGCAUGCUGAGCAACUACGCCAGCGAUAUCGGAGUUCUGCUGUGGAAAGACGAUAAGAAAAGGAGAUUUUUUGUGUCUCAAGAAGGUAAUGCUCAAGUGAUAGAUUACGCCAAGAGAAAGCUCAAGAAGAAAUAG